AUGGACAAUCAUCAACAACAACAGCAGCUUCAGCAUCAGCAAUAUCAGCAACAAUUUCAACAACCGCAGCAACAACUUUAUCCAGGCGAACAAAUAGUUCACCCUGCUGCAGCCCAAACUGGACAAAAUACUACAAAUGUAACAGCAGUGUCGAGCUCCAACAUUACCCAAUCUGCUACCUCAUCACUCCAUUCACAGCAAUUGCAGCAUGUAGAUGUUUCCAAAUCGGCUGCUGAAGAAGCCAUCAGAAGAUCGUUGUUGCCUGAACGUUCUACUGUUUCAAAGGGGAAAUACUCUUUGACUGAUUUCUCAAUUAUGAGAACUUUGGGAACAGGUUCCUUUGGUAGAGUACAUUUAGUGAGAUCAGUUCACAAUGGUAGAUAUUAUGCUAUCAAAGUUUUGAAGAAGCAUCAAGUUGUGAAAAUGAAGCAAGUUGAACACACAAAUGAUGAAAGAAGAAUGUUGAAGUUGGUUGAACAUCCAUUUUUGAUUAGAAUGUGGGGGACUUUCCAAGAUUCCAAAAAUUUAUUUAUGGUUAUGGACUAUAUUGAAGGGGGAGAGUUAUUUUCAUUGUUAAGAAAGUCUCAGAGAUUUCCCAAUCCAGUAGCCAAGUUUUAUGCUGCAGAGGUUACCUUGGCUUUGGAGUAUUUGCACAGUCAUGAUAUUAUCUAUCGUGAUUUGAAACCAGAAAAUAUAUUAUUGGAUAGAAAUGGUCAUAUAAAGAUUACAGAUUUUGGAUUUGCCAAAGAAGUUAGUACCGUUACAUGGACGUUAUGUGGUACCCCCGAUUAUAUUGCCCCAGAAGUCAUAACAACCAAACCCUAUAACAAGUCGGUGGACUGGUGGUCGUUGGGGGUAUUGAUUUUUGAAAUGUUGGCAGGUUACACUCCAUUUUAUGAUUCGACUCCAAUGAAAACUUAUGAAAAAAUUUUGGCAGGCAAAAUACAUUACCCAAGUUUUUUUCAACCUGAUGUGAUUGAUUUGUUGACUAAAUUAAUAACUGCUGAUUUGACAAGAAGAUUGGGUAAUUUGAUCAACGGACCAGCAGAUAUCAGAAAUCAUCCCUGGUUUCUGGAAGUGGUAUGGGAGAAAUUGUUGGCAAAGGAUAUUGAAACUCCUUAUGAACCACCAAUCACAGCUGGGGUUGGUGAUUCGUCAUUGUUUGACCAUUAUCCAGAAGAACAAUUAGACUACGGAAGCCAAGGAGAAGAUCCUUAUGCUCUGUAUUUCCUUGACUUUUGA